CGUUUCAACUGAGAAUAAUUGAAAAGAUAUUAAAAAAUGAACGUAGCAAAAAAAAUAAAUGUCAACUUUUCAUCUUUAGUGGGUUUAAAAGCAGAACUUUUACGAAAACAAACAGAAGUAAAAGAAGCUAAGGCACAUAUCGAAACUACUCAAACUACAAAACUUAAACGUAAGAUAAAGCAAGUAAAAAAUGAUCAUAAAAAUACUGCUAAAGAAUUAACCGAUGUAGAAGAUAUAAAUGCUCACAAAAAGUCUAAGCUUGUUUUAGAAGCUAAAGCUAGAUUAUAUACGAAGUUGAAAAAGUCUAAGAAUAGUAAUGAAAAUUUUCUAGUUGACUUUACUAAUAAAUCGGAUGAAUCUGAAGAAGAAAUCCUGAAAGAGGACGAUUAUGAUGACAGGUUUGUGGAUCCUGAUGAUAGCUGGGUUGAGUAUGAAGAUUGUUUUGGCCGUACUAGAAAAUGUUUAGCUAAAGAUCUACCACUAAUGCGUGAAAAAGAUGAAUUAUUGAAACAAGAAAUUACAAAGAAACACAUGCAACAAAAUGUGUCUAAUACCGAAGAGACACAGAUAAAAGAACCUGAAAUAGAUAUUAUGAGAAGAAAAUGGGAGGAACAAACGCAAAAGCUUGCAGAAAAAGCAGAUAUACAUUAUCAAGAUAUUUUAUUUGAUGAAGCUCGUGCGCAUGGUGUCGGAUAUUAUGCUUUUUCACAAGACGAAGAAGAAAGAGCCAAACAACAAGAAAAUUUAACUAACUUAAGAAGGGAUACUGAACAAAAACAAAAGCAUAUAAAAGAACUAAAAGAUUUGAAAGAGAAAAUGGAACAAAAUAGAUUAAAAGCAGCAAAAAUUAGACAAAGAAUUAGAGCAGGUUUACCUGCUGAACCUGAAGAAAACUUACAAGAUGAUUCUACUAAUACUACUAACAUUUCUAAUGAUAUAAAUACUGUGAACAAUAUUUCUUCGGUACAAGAAAAUAAAGUAUCUAAAGAUGAUCUGCAUAAUCAGGACAGUAAUGUGGAUAAAAAGAAAACAAAAGAACAAAAAAUAAAAGUAUUAGAAGAAGUCCUAGAAAAUCAAAGAAUUUGGCGGGAAAUGUCUCAAGAGGAAUGGGUACAUAAAUGUAGAAAAGAAAGAAAUUUAGAAUUUGCACCUGCUUACAAUGAUGAAAUCUUAAAUUCAAAUUUCAUAAAAAUUACACAGACUAAUAAUACUAUAGUAUCUGAUCAAGCCUCAAAUCAAACUAAUUCUUUGAUGUUUUCUAAUAUAUCAUCUACCAAUAAAAAUACCUCAGUGGAUAACUCAAGUGAUUCUAUAAAUGUGUCAAAGCAAAUAUGUCCUGAUAUUAAUGAUCAACAAAAUGAUUCAUUGACAGAACAACAGUUGCUUGACACAAACACAAGUGUUCCUUUAAUUACAUAUCCACAUAUAUAUUAUAGAGGAAACGAUACUUCAGUAAAAACUUCAAAAUAUAAUAGUAAUCCCAAGGAUAAUCAGCCUAGCCAAAGUAUUAAUAAUGUAUUAAAUAAAACUAUAAAUGAGGAAAAAAUAGCAGCUGGUCUUAGAUACCUUAGAGAAAAAUAUGAACAAAGUCAAAACCAUUAAUUUAAUAUUUGCAUUAUUUAGAACACUGUACAUAUUAAAAUUAUGUAAGC